AGCCAUUUUGGCUCAAGCCAAGUGCGCUCACGUUUCUGGGACUAUUCGAGUCCUUGUUCAUCCCCGCGCGCAUUCUUAUCGUGGUUUCCGAGCAUGGAGUCUGCAGCGCUGGAUGCCGAGUUCAUCGGCCGUCGUCUUUCGGUCGAAGAUUCGGUAUCUGUUGGCUCUGAAGGCGAAUGCGUGUUUGGCUUUUCGGUCGCGGGUUACGUGACGGACUUCAUAAUAAGUUGCACGAGCGUCGCCUGUGCCCUGGUCGUCAUCUGCAAGCAAAGGUCCUUAGACAAGUACUCUCCGGGAGUCCUCGUCAUUCGUGCGUUUUCCGCCUCCGCCAUGUUCUACGGGGUUGCUUUCCUUUCAGGGGGUCUCGCGCACAUGUGGAUCGGGAUUUACCACUCACAGGGGGAGAUGGAAGCGUUCACCAUGGGAGCCGAAAACAGCGGGUGGAUCUGGACGUGGCUCGUCGCGGUGACCACUACACCUUCGAUCUACACGUGUGGCCUGGGGAUGGUGCUUCCGUACUCGAUGCGCGCCGUCUGGAAACCUGCCCUCGCACUCGUCGCCUUUGUCGUCGCCGCGGUCGAGGCUUAUUUGGUGUUCAAUACCGAGUUGCUGAAGUUGUGGUCUGGUGCACCGAACUUGUUGGUAUCUUUGCUCGCGAGCCUGAUCAUUUCGAUCUGGGCAUGCUGCCGGGCUUGCGGUGGAGAAAUCGGCAUGCCAGCGAUCGCCGCUGGCUCGGGCACCAUCCUCGCCGCAUGGUUGCAGCAACUGUUUGUGCCAGCGGGAUGCAGAGACCAGUGCGCGGCAGACUUCGACACGUUGUGUCCGUAUCCAAAGGACUUCAACCAGAACGCCGUCUUCCACGUCAUCUUGUUGGUCGGCAUCAUCGUACAGUUCGUCGGAGUAAUGCAGCGCACACAGAGUGAGCUCUACACGGAGUAGUGCGACGCAGGGCGUUCAUGGCCCGUCUGACGCCUUCGGAUGCCGUUUUUCGAGGCUGAACGCUUGGCACUUUAGGUCUUGCUGCGCUCACGUGCCAGAAUUCCUGAUCCACAGUUGUUGGCCAAAGAACCUAUCCUUAUUGUCGGCGCUGUGUUUCGCUUUGUCGCUUUAUCCUUCGCCUUCCUUUGACCCCUCCCCCCUGUGCGACUCAGACUGGCGUCAUUGGGUCGUGGCACUGUAGUCAGUUUCUGUGUCGACGGGAUGGACGCGGGAAUCUGCAGUCCAACACUUUUGGUGCGCCCCCGGCCGAAGGCUGCGCGGCCCACAGGCGGAGGCCUUCGUCCUACAAGGGUGGAUGGCAGCCCGUGGCUUAUUGGCGGUUUGCGUGGCGGUUCGCGGAA